AUGUUUUUUUUUAUUAUUUUUAUUUUUUACAUUCAAGGGGCGGUCUUUCAAGCUGGGAAGGUAAAUAUUACCGACACUUCCCAAAACAACCAUGGCUGCCAAGCCGUUUCUUUCGAAACUCAAUUCCAGGGUUCGGGAGAUGUAAAGGUGUUCGCGACGCUCAGUCACGGAAACAAAUAUGUUAAAAUCCACGACCCAGCGUCUCUUUGGGUGAAGUCGGUGUCAACAACAGGUUUUGAAGCCUGCGUGCGAGAAGCAGGAAGUGGCUCUGGUGGGACGUCUGUUAUAAACUGGCUUGCAUUUCAAGGUUCGCAUCAAGGCAUAAACUCAGGGAUCGUGGAAUUUAAUGAAUUCACGUCACGAACACAAUGCAAGAAGAUAUCGCUGAGCAUUCAGAAUCAGGUAACUUCGCGAUGUUAUCCAAUUCAUUCAUUUAGUCUUCAAUUUUAGUUUUAAAGUCAUUACUCAUGAAAAACCGAUAACUCAACUUCAACCUUAAGGGAAAAGAUAACUAAAACGCCCGUGACUACUUCCCAUCAGUAAAAUUCCAAAAAAUAGCCUUGUUUUGUAGAUUGUUUAAAUACUAUGCCUACAAAAAUCACCAAAAAAUGUAAUGGUUAUAGUGCUCCUUGAUGAAAGUUGUUUGAUAUCUUCUUCGUGGCUCUGCGGGAACAUUUAAUGCAUAGAUAAAUGGACACAGAGACUACUUCAGCACAGAAUUGGCCUAAAGCAGCAAUAUCAUCGUGGCAUAUCCCCUUUAACAAGAAAAGGGCUUAGCACUAUAUGAAUCGUCCGUUUUUCCUAUGUUUUGUUUGCUUUUCAAGAAUCUCCUCCUUAUUCUGGCAAAUCGCCGCAUGCAAAACCGAGUAACUCUUCAAAGCCGCAAUGAAGUCGAUACUUGAUUAUUUCGAAUUCCCCAAUCAACAAUUGUUGCGAAGCUAUAAUGGCCAUGAGCUUGUCAUAAAGUUAGUCACUGUUAAUCCGGCCCUUUUCGGGGCAACGGUCGAUAAUCAUAUUUAAGCUACUUAUGGGGUGAUUUUGCCUCUUCUUUUAGAUAAAACCUCAAGUGUUUGUAACCGUUCAACAUAAACAUUCUAACCGUCCUUUUGAUUCCAUGAACAUCUGGCUAGAAGAGGUCAAAGCAGACGGCUUCGUUGUUUGCUUGAGAGAGUUUAUGAGUUUCGACGGUAUCCAUACCGGACUUAAAGUGGUGAGUUUUAAAAAAUUUAGCCCAGUCUUCGACAAAAACGUUUUUCUUUGUCCUUUCUUGUUAUCAAUUAAAUAUAAAAUUAAAUCUGAUUGUAUGGAAGCUAAUUAAAAACCUGGUGGUUAGUUUGGCCUCCCCUUAUAAAUUACAUAAAAAUUAUAUUAGGACUGAAUUAUUGUAAUACCUAACCCAUAAAUGUUUUAAAACCGUGAAACUAUGAAUUAGCUUUGCAAAGACAGCCUGACGAAAAAGGUGGAGGGGUGGACUGGAAGUGAAAGAAAAAAAAAAAAAAAAAAAAGGGGACGCUGAUCAGGCAGCGGGGUUCUUUCAUAGAGCGGCUUUUCAGCCUUAACAAAAUAUCCCGCCUGCUGCGCAUGUGCAGGCUUUUUUGAAAAGAAAGAAAGUUUCCUUCAAGUCGCGCAUAUAAACUAUCCUCGUCAAUUCCCUAAUACAUUCUGUGCCGAAACUUUAGGGUUCACUAGUGUGUUGUGAUGUCACAUGAAAGCUAUCCGUUUUUUAUUCAUUUAUUUAUCUAUUGUUUUUUAAAUCUUAUUCAGCCCGGUGGCUUUGAGGCCUUCUAAAACUUUAAUGUUGAAUAAAUUUAAAACCGUUCACCUACUUGUUGGAAUGAUGAUUACACUAUUUUGUGUAAUCUUAGUGGCGGUCUCAUGAGUGGUUAUAAAGUUCCCGAAGGGGGACUUCGAAGGCCCCUUCCCCCUCCAAUUCCCAGGAAGCCCAAAAACGCCCGGUCAGAAUAGUGUUAAAUGUAGGUCAUGGUAUUUUGCUUCUUUCCUAGACUGCAGAUACGAAUUUUUCUCAGGGUUCUCACCGUCAGUUUAAGUUUUCUUAAAACCAUAAGGAAAGACGUUUAAUGCUGUGACUGUUACUUGCGUCCUUCUCCUCAGAACUGGCUUGCUUAUGAUUUGCUACCUGAGGUUUGGAAUUUUACGGAGCAAGGAAGGCUUCAUUUUUCUGGACUUGGUGCACCAAAGAAAGAGAGCAAUUAUGCCUUUUGUCAGGUUGGAAAAUGUGACGUUUAUUGAUAAUACAUUCAAUUUUUAUUAACUUAACUUACAAAUCAAGCCUUUAAACCAUCGUGGUAACAAUCAACGUUUGUGUUGUGCAUUUCUCAUUUCUUUGAGGGACACUGCGGCAUGGGCGUAUUGUGCAUUUUUGAAAUAAGGGUUUAAGUCCAACAAGAGAUACGACCUUCUUGAUUAUCAAUAAUUCGUUAAAAACCUCAUGCGUUGUUCAUAAGAGUUGUGAUUUAGAUUUGUUGACCGUUACGUGGUAAGGAGGUGCAUCCACUAUUAGAUAUAUUUUAUAGACCUUGAGUUUGCCUAAUCAGUUCCUUAAUGAACUGGGACAAUAUCACUUUCUUCAAAAGGAUGAAAGCGACAAUAUACUUUCUUUAAACAGUCAGAGGGAAAAUUAUUGUGUUUGGUAAAUCCUGAUUUAUAGGAUUACAAGUUUGAGAAUCCAUUCUACGAGCCGCCCAAUAUUCUAACGUCUGCCACCCAUGAAAAUGGCACCAGGGAACUUUCAAUGAAGGCAGAUGGUCGCUAUAGCAACGCUUUGACUGUCUGGAUUGAGGUGAGUAGCCUUGAAGAGACCUAAUAAAUUGAAACUGUUUCAGAUAUUUGCUGAUUAAAAUAGUUGCCUUCGCUAAAGAAUAAAGCACUUAUAACUAAAAAAGAAGUUCAAAGUGGCACUUAACACUUGACGGCAAAUUCAAGCAAUAACUUGAAUCAUCAAGCUGAUUGUCACUUCCCGUACUCAUUUUUCACCUCCGGCUGAUGAUUCUUCUUAACGGAGGCUCCGUGGGUUCAUGGUUUAAAAAAGGUCACAUCUGUAGAUUGUAAUUUGUUGAUCACGAUCCAUUCUUAUUUUUACCUCGUUCUAUGGUGAUUAUGAUUGAAAACUAACUUUCUCGGAAUGUAUUGUUAUUUUCAUGUAUUUUUAUUUUCAACUUUGUCUAGGUGGCCUCGGUUAUAGUAGUCGCACUGUAACAGAGAGCAGCGUCCAUUAUAACAUAUAGAUUUAGCCAGGGCUGAAAGCGAAGCUCCAAUUAAUAAAUUUAUAACUUAAAUCAAACAAUAAACUUUUAAUGCACAAAUCAGUUAACUUAAGGGUACAUUCAUGUGACUUUUGAGGGACAGGCUAAUAUUAAUAUUUUAGAGUGAAACAUCUUACAUCGAAUUGAUAACCUUAUAUGUACACCCAAAAAAUGGCAAACUUCUUCGAUCACAUUCAAGAUCACAGUAGAUUAGGCCUCGAAAACAAAUUCUUGGAAAACAAAUCACGCCAAAUUUUUUUGCGUUCGACCGGUUUACUUUACAAAUUCUUGCCAACAAAUCUUGGGGUGUUUAAACCAACCUUUUAUAAUUUUUAUACAUCACAUUUGAGGUGAAACAGUACUAUUUAUCGUACAGACCUCGGACAGAAUGUGGUAUUUCACAAUUUUUCAAGACAAAUUGCACUCAGUCAAUAUUCAGGACGAUCAAUCGUGGGCUUUAAGCCAAACCGUUCAAAAAUUUCCAAAAUCACCCAUACGGCCAGCUGGUUCUCGUUUCUAUAGUGCGAACUGUCAGUGUGGUCGGAUGUUUGAAUGAACUUUAACAGAGUUACACUUCAACUUAAUAGCGAAUUUAUUAUUAUUUGUUUUGUUAUUUAAUGGUUUCAGUUAUAACGAUGUGUAAUCUUAUAAAGUGUUUGAUACGCGCGACAUGCAAGCCAUGGUCAGGAACGAUGAAAACAAACGGCACAGACAAGCGAUUAAAAUUGCAAGAGAGACUACUAACAAUCAAAAAAAGAGAUAUAAUUCUGUGAAACAUUUACAGAGACAACAAUUUUCAUUCAUGAAGACAAGUAUUAAAAAUCCUGGGCCUUUAAGCGUAAAGCUCGGCCUGCUUCCCGGCGCGGUGUUUACUGUUUUCGAAGAUGAACACCUUGAAGCAAGAAAAUCGCUCAAAGUUUUCUUUCUACAGCCAAAUUUAUAACUAAAUAUUCUUCGAAACGUUUUCUUUCUAUUUGUGGUUAGCAAAUAUAUCUGAAGGCUUUUUAAAGUUCUGUAAGCAUGUCUCUAACCUAAAACGAGGUCAGAUCAAGAGAGGAUAAAGGGGACAGAGAAGGCAUCCCCAUACACACCCUAUUCCAUAGGUAAUUCGUCUCGAGUUAUUUUUAGAAUCGGGAUAAAGUUACCUCGCGCGAGGCGUGGAUGUUUCGUGGAGGUUUCGCAUGACUAAACGCCGUGCAAAACAUGUCGGGCGAAAGGCAAUGAAAGCGUAAAAAGAUCGAGAGCAUUCUUGAAUAUUGAAGCGAAAUGAGUCGGCGCUCACCUGGGAAAAAGGAAUCGCUGGACUCUUUGACAACCCGUGAAAUCAGUUUAACUCGAAGUUGUCGUAACCUCAGUGCUUUAAUAAAAUGAGAAAUUUCGCCGGUCUAUUGAAACCGGUCGUACAAUAGGGAGUUUAAGAUCCAACGACGCGGACGACAACUAGAACGUCAAAAAUAAUAGGUUUAAUUAGCAAAAACAACAACUUCGCACGUGCAACACACUUUUUUGUUCAUUUCUUUCCCGUUUUUGCACGACUACGACGUGAAAAUGCCUAAUUUCGCGUUUUAUGGAGGACGUAAACAAUCAACGACGAAAUUUUAUUUCUCUUUCUGAGCUCGAAUAUGGUCCCUUGAAAUUCAGCUUUAGGAGGGUUCGCCUACAAUUGACAAAGUAAGUGGGUAGGAAUAAUCGCUAUAAAGACUGAAAAAAUUCAAAUUCACUUUUUAAGCGACGUUCUUGUCGCCGUCGCGCCGUUGGAUCUUAAAGUCUCUAAUAAGGCAAGUAGGACGCCAAGUGUUAUUUUUGUUGAAUAAUAAAAGACUAAUAAAGGAAUAAAUAUGAAACCAGAAAUUGCUCUCUUCAAACUGUAAAUUAUAAAUGAUCCUGAGAGAAUAUUCAGUGUGUUAAGGAUUUCCCUGCUGUACUGUUAGCUGUAUACAAGAGAGGAAGGGCGAUUAUUUUUUAAUUUCCGUUUCGCUGACACAGCUUUCGCAGAAAUCUCGCUAGGAAUAGCAAAAUCGCUCUCCGCGUCUUCCCCCGUUUUGUUCUGCGUCAUUUCGUGAAGGACGCGUGGCUCUCAGCGUGGGUCAUCCACGCGGAACACAUUCAGAUCUGUGGUGUUAAAAAUAACUCGAGACGAAUUACCUAUGUAAUAGGGUGUGUAUGGGGGAUGCAUUCUCUGUCCCCUUUAUCCUCUCUUGGUCAGAUCAAUGACUCAAAUCCUACAAACGUGAUAAAAUUGCCGCAUAAACUGUCAGCGUGAACUGUGCAAGACUUCAUGAAAUUAGAUUUAACGAAAACAAACAUCAAAUACAAUAAUUACUUAAACUUACCAUUCGAGAUUCAGUUUCUGAAAGCUAUCAAGGAAGGCCACAGUUGGUUGAGACUUUUAAACCCUCUUACGCAUUAAGCAAGGUGAAAAACGAAAACGAUGCCAUCCGAAAUCGAAUUACCGAAUUUUGACAAGCGACGUAUUUCUCAAUCAAAAGCCCAGUAAACAAACCAGCCAUGAAUGACAGAAGACUCUUGAUAGCAGCUGUAUUUCAUUUUUUACAUCCAGAGGAAAAAGACAGUUAAAAACAUCACAAGUUGACACAAAACUCUGUCAGCUUCGGCUGUCAAAGUAAACAAGUUUCAAGAUGCUGCAUAAUUUUUCCGCAUGAACUCACCUGUCAAAUUUUGACCAAUCAGAGUAUAAAAAUUGGACGUAGAGCGUGACCAACGCGUGACCAUGGUAAGAUAAAGCCUUCCCCCCCUGUACUUUUAAAAAACUGGGUGAAUUUUCGCUUCCGAGGUCAGUUUGAAAUCAAAAUCCUAAUAGUGCGGGGCCAUAGUGACAUAAACACAACAUAUUUGAUAUGAAUCCUUGGAAAAAAUAAACUUGAGCCUGCAAUCAUUUGAAACUGGUAAUUUGUCAGCGGAUAACUUCAAAAAAUACUAGACCUCGAUGGGUCGACACUUGAGCCUUCGGUACCGUCAGGUGAUACUGGUCAGCGGAUGCCCUGUUUUGAUAGCUGUCAAUUGAUCACAACAUUGAUGUGCAAUUAGUUUUCUCUUGGGCUCCCAAACUAGCUAAAAGUGUGAGAGUAAACAUUGGUUUUCCUGUGGUGCGGACGAACGGUCGGCGGUCGGUCGGUGUACGGUCACGUGAUUACCAAAUUUUCUGGGAUGGGUAGAUUUACUUAGCUAUAGGGCUCCGCUAUGACCGUGGAAACUGUACAUCCGUUUAAACGAUUCAAAGUUGCUCUUGUCCUUAUUAGGGAGCUUACGAAUCGACGACUUUCGCACGACGACGCCGUUGGAUUGCGUGACAUACCUACUGCGCAUGCCUGUCUUGGCACUUGCCGGCGUCGAGUAAAAGUCAACGACGUUGGUAAGAGCCAUUUGCCGGCGUCUUAAAGAAAGCAGGACGUGAGGUUAGUUUUCAAAGUUUUCUAGCGAUAAUUCACGUGUUUUUGCCAGAAAAAUCAAAGUAUUAUAUUAGUAACAUGUUCUUCACGAAUGUCUUUGACUUUUUUUGUCUGUUUUCAUUCAAUUCUACCUUCUACAGCCAUGGCAACUCAUGAAAGCGCUGGCGAAGGCACGAAAAGGUAUGAAUGAAAAGUUGAAUGCUGUAUGGACAUCUUUCUUUUUAAUCACACUGCACUAAAGUAUAAGACAUUUUCUGGUGCUCAUUAAAUUUGAAAGGACCGAAAAGUCGCGUAUCUUUUUUUUUUUGAUUUGUCACAUCAACAGUAAGAAACAGAGCCGAGUUGGCUAAUAGCUGGUAAGUUUACGUACUUCACUGAACAAAAAAAAAAUUUCUUACCCUGCCAGCUUUGAAAACAAUUUUAAAGUCAAUGAAAAGUUUAUUUUUACUCCUUUUCUCUUGUUAAGAGGGAUCUUAUAGCUAGCUUGGUGUUGUAGAAACACGCAAACUUUCCUUGGCUUACAGCUGUGUUUGCUUUUCUGCUCGCUGUGCGAACUGAUUUUGUUGUUUUUCAUUUUCUAUUGUGUUAUUUUCUUAAGCUUGUAAGACAAUCAACCAGCGAGUGUGAUCUCAUGGAUAAAUAGCUAGCGGAGAAACGUUACCUUAACAGUUAGCUUAGUAAGUUAGCGAUUUAACUGUUCAGUAAAUUAUAUUUAUAUAUUUUUAUAAUUUUUUUUCACAGAAUGCCGAAAAUGAAGUGGUCACUUCAACAUGACACUAUAUUUGGUCGCGAACUCCUUAGUUGGGAACUUUGGAAGUACCGUUCAGGCACCAGAGAGCGGGGAAACUGUUUAGACGAAAUAUGCAAAAUUCUGAAUAACAUCAAAGAGCCCCAAUUUUGCGUUUCGCAAAAGGGUUUGAGGGACCGUUUGAAAAUCCUGGAAAGGGAUUCCAAGGCCAGGAAGAGAGAGGCCGAGAGGGGCUCGGGAAUUUCCCCCGAAUACCGAGAAAUAGAUCAAAUAAUGGAAGACUAUAUGGAGAGAAGAGAGGAGGAAGAGAAGACCAAGGAAUCCCGCACUGAUGUGGAUCGAAACAAGGCAGAUCAAGAUAAAGCAGCAGGCGAGGAGAUGAGGGAGAGAGCCAUGGAGAGGCUAGCUCAGACUAAGAAGAGAAAUGGCAAAGAUGAACCACGAAAAAAGCGCCAAAAAAGUGGUGACACCCUUGACUAUCUAAGGGAGGCAGCGGAGAGGGACUCUCAGUUAAGGCGAGAUGAGCUGGACAUGAAGAGGAGGCAAGACGAAGCUACAGCUGCUACCCAGCAAGCAUUGUUCACUCAGCUACGGGACCAGCAACAGUUACAAGUGCAGCAACAGCAACAGCAGCAACAGCAGUUUAUGCAUAUGAUGCAAAUGAUGCUGAACAGCCAGCAAGCGCAAACACAAGCAGUCAUUGAACUCUUAAAAAAGGGACCGUAGUUAUGAUCGGAGUAGUUAUUGUUCAGUUUUCUUGUAAACACGCAACUUAUUUUUUCGUUGUUGUUUUUGGUUUUGUAAUAUUAUAGCAUGAACAAGCAACCUUAGCAUUCGAUGUUGAUUUUCAUCACUUUAUUGCACGUAGAUGUUCUGGCACGCGUGUUAACACUACUAUUGGCUUUACAUGUGUUCUUUUUUGAACUUGAGUUCUAUUGCAUUUCAAAUUAAACCUUCAAGCGACUAGAGUGUUUAUGUUGUAUAACUGGAGUAUUACAAGUGUAUCUUAAGCACAUUAUAUCAAAUGAAGUAUUCCUCUAGAGUUGGCGGAUUAACACCAAAAUACUCUGACGUAACAGAACCGUAUAAAAUGUUUCGUGCAUUCUGCAUUAACGCACAUGUUACAUACAUCUUUCCUACAACACUCAAUCCGAUUUUCAGAUUCUUUUUAAAAUCUAAGAACUUAAAAUAAUUGGCAAUAUCCCCGAAUAUCCACUCUACGGAAGAGCGAACUGUGCUCAUUGAGGUGUUAAAAUCUUGUUGAGCUGGGGUCAGGACUGCGCCUUUAUAGGGCCUUUGUAGGUGUGCACGUAUCGGAUAGGCGGGGUCACCGUACACGCAGAGGGGAAGGCCAGUUACGGGGCAGUUAGAAAACCUUUGCAGUUCCUGCAAGAAUCCGGAGGCAGCUAGCAUGAAACUGUCAUGGCGUCUUCCCUCAACUGGGCCAAAUAGAUUCCCCACUAAUCCAUUAGGCAAAGCGACAGCCUGAAACUUAAUGGAGUGGACACGUUUAUGGCCAUUGUAGAUGGAUCGCUGGUUUUCGUUAGGCCUACAAACUGGACGUACAGUUCCAUCUAUGAAUCCCCAGCAGUUAUCUAGGGCAGCUCCUGCUUGUUGGAUAGCAUCAGCAUACUGGCGAAGCUUGGGAGGGGAUAACAAAUCAUGAUUAUACCUUGUAAGCAGAUGAUGCCAGCGCUCAUAAAUCAAGUCCAUUAUGUGGUUAUUUAUGAUAGAAAUCUCAGGAACCGGUCUGGCAAAAUGGUAAACCAAAUCUCCGUAUCGGCAAGGGUAGGCAUAGCGCUUAAGAUACAUGCAUAAUGCAGGUACCGAAGGUACUACUAAACCAUUGUAAGUGGUUAUCUCGUCAGGUAACUGCAGCUGUUCCGCAAGUUUAUAAAUGUCAUCUCUGUAGAAACGAAACUCAACCUUGCAUUCGUCGUUUGUUUUCUCGUCCAAAUCGAACCUUUCGUAGUUCCAAUACGGAAACUCUGGGUUUUUUGACUUAUGAGCAUCGUAUAAAAGUACAAAUUCUUGUUCUUUUAAAAAGUUGUUUCGAUAAGCGUAAGCAAUACAAGCUCUUGUUUCUCUGAAGUUAGGCAUUUUGGUUUGAACAACCCGGCUUAUGAUCAUGAAGUGAUAAAAAACAAACUUCAGAAACGGCGGGAAAAUUUGCAGCAAGCGUACCAACGUCGUCGUCUUUACUUAAAAUCGUAAAUUCAAAUUUCUAGAUGACGGCGACGCAGGACUAUGACGUGGCCCAACGGCGUCGUCGUGCGAAAGUCGUCAAUUCGUAAGCUCCCUAUUGCCUUAACUGGACGCCCCUGUCUGAAAGCUAACAAGUCAAUAUAAGCUUUUUAUUUAUUGGUAUAUCUGAUGUUAUUUUCCAGGAGAUCACUCGUUUGUCUUUCAAAGUGUGCAUCAAAGACAGUCAGGGAAUGAGCAAGUCUCACGAUCCAGUUACAGUGGACUAUGCUAUAGUGGGAGGUACAUUACUCUUAUAUUUGCUUAUUCUUUAAAUUCAAAGAUUUGUCUCUCAUACCGGUUCGUCCUAUUAUCAAGGCAUUUCGACGUUGGGUCAAACGUCGAAUUGAAGAAAUGAAUUCGAAUACGAAUAAAGUCAGGCAAUUGGCACUGUAAAAACCUGUGAUCAAAUCUCGAAGAAAGAAGUUGUAAAAAAAUGACGUUCAAAUAAGGACAGCAUCGUAUUGUAAAAAAAGUAACUCCCCAUUUCGUAUCUUUUUUUGCCAUCAAUUGUCUUCAGAGGAAAAACAAAGAAAAAUUUUAAAAAAUUGAAAGCAGUUGCUCUCUCAAAGGAUGUAGGACGUCAGGUCAAUUUGCUAUUCAUACAAGUGCUGAUUUUCUUGUUUUGUUUUUUUUUGCCCUAAAGAUAUAGACCCAUGCACAAACGUUACUUGCGAUUACCAUGCCAUCUGCAAAGCUUUCUCUGCAUUUGAUGCCCGUUGUGUUUGUGAUGACAACUGCCCGUCGUACGAGGAGCCAGUGUGUUCGUCCAACUCGACAACAUUUAAGAACAAGUGCUUUUGUCUGCUGGACAUUUGCAGGCGCAAGAGUAACCACACUCUCUAUCAUCCCGGUAGUUGUACAGGUAAGAGAGCGGAUUAUAAGGAUUUUUAAAACCAUCUUAACCAGCGCAUACAGAGCUCUAGUGUUAUGAGAUAUGGCGCCGCUGAUGACUUACGACAUCACUCAAUUUGGCGGCCAUCUUGGGUGCCAUCUUGGAAUCACCGUUUUAAGCACAUGGCAUUUUCCGUGAAGCUGUAGGUCCAAAAUAAAUCACGAUUAAAUACUAUUUUGCUUAUUUUGGUACUGUUUUGAACGCAACAAAGUGCCAAUCAUAUAGUACCACGAUAUGAUUGUGUGAUUCUACAAUCAGCUUUUGAUUUAAUUCCUCGCAUAUAGAAAGGAUUUUACACGUUUUUUUUUUCUCAUCCUCAUCAGGUAUUUGUAGGAUGCAUCUUUAUUUGUCUUUAUGUUAACUUUAUUGCUGUUGUUGUUUGUUUGUUUGGUUGUUUGUUUGUUUGUUUUUUCUUAUCGCUUCAGCUCUAAUUAGCUUUGUUUUUCUUCUAUGUUAUAUCUUCUUUUUCUUGUUGUUCCUCGACAGGUUUUCCUGUUCAGACUGGGCGAGUUUCACUGAAAAGACAUGUACAGUGGGCAGAGACGGCCUGUGAACUAGUGAAAUUUCCACCGUUUUCAUUCUAUCCAGACAAAGAAGUGCACGUACAGAUAACGACCAAUCACUGGAACAUAAGCAAGAAAAAUUUUGUUCAUGAUGCUACUGUGUCCUGGGUGGAAACUGUUAACUUCGAGAAUUUUGAGGUGAAUAUUUUAAUAGGAAGUUUUCAAUUCAAAUACGUGUAUUACUUCAAGUAGUAAUUAGUGACCUUCUGCUCAUUUGUCUUACAUCUCCAAGAGCUCUUGUUUACCUGUCAUAUUUCUGGCCAGUAAAAUACUAUUUGAACAUAUUUUAUUUUCACAACGAGUUAACAGCGAAGAUUUCGUGUUUUGCGCGCACAGAGGAGCACUAUGGGUAAGAAAAAUUGGUUAUCUAUACAUCCAAGAAAUUUUGAUUCCUUACAAAAUCGUGCGUACUUACGUAGGACGGCGUCUUCAUGUUAACGAAUGUGAAAUGUCUUACUAGCUGUAAAUCCAAAACAUAUACAAAUUGUGUUUAACUCGAUUUUAGACAUCCAUGUCAUAAUCAAUUGAAAGCUGUCAAAGUAGGGCAUCCCCAGACCAGUGUCACACGACUUUAUGGCUUGCUCAGGUGUGUUACUUAUUGAGGUGACGGUUUUUUUAAGUUCUCAGCUGACCAGUUAUAGAAUCAAGUGAUCGCAGGCUUGGAAAACGUUUUUUCAGCAAGUCAGUUACCACGAGAGCUCCGCUUUUGACCUUGGCUAAAUCUAUAUAUUACCUUACCAUAAUAUAUAGAUUUAGCCAGGGCUAAAAGCGAAGCCCCCAUUAAUAAAUUUGUAAUCUAAAUCAAACAAUAAACUUGUAUUCCACAAAUCAGUUCACUUUAGAGCACAUUCAUGUGACUUUUGUUUUGAGGGAUUAAGGCUAAGUGAUUUGAGAGAAAAAUAAUUUGCUAACAGUUCAAGAGUGCACCAAAUCUUACAUCGAGUUGAUGGCCUUUAUAUGUACACCCAAAAAAUAGCAAUCAUCUUCGAUCACAUUUAACGGCCACAAUGGCUCUUGAUCACAGUAGAUUAGGCGUGGAAAACAAAUACUUGGAAAGCAAAUCCGGCAGAAUUUUUUCCGUUUGACAAGUUUGCUUUACAAAAUCUUGCUACCAAAUCUGGGGGCGUGUAAACCAACCUUUUUAUACUUUUUAUACAUCACAUCUGACAGUCUGAGGUGAAACAGUGCUAUGACGCGAUGUUUUUAAUUUAUCAUACAGACCUCAGACAAAAUGCAGUAUUUCACAAUUUUCAAAUAUAAAUUGCACUCAUUCAGUAUUCAGGACGAUCGAAGCACGCGUGGGCUUUUAGCAGGGGAACCCAACGACAAUUUUCGGAAAAAUAUCUGUUCGGAAGACGAUUUGAGAUCUAGAAUUUUCGGAACAUUUCUUGUAAAAUUUCUUGCUUCCAUGCCUCUCCUAGGAUUUUCGAACAAAUAAAAAAUGGUAUACUUGCCCAUAAUUAACUAAUUUUUACCCUAAAAAGUUCACCUAGAAUUUUCGGGAGCCUAUUUUCUGGCUAAAAUUUUCGACCAGGUAAGUUUUGAUCCCUAUAAUUUUCGGAUCACUAGACUUUCAGCUAGGAAAUCCGAACAGAUGAAAAAUUUUUAGGGGAUAAAAAUAUGCCUAUGUCUACCGUUUAAUUACUAAAAUACAUUUAAUAAUGCUAUGUUUAAGUCGUUUUGAACUAUAUUCUCGUUGGGUGCCCCUGUUUUAGCGAAACCGCUAAAAAAUUUUCCAAAAUCACCUAUAUAACGGCCAGCCAGUUGCAAGCUGUGGAGUGUUUGAAUGAACAUUAAUAGAGUUACACUUCAACAUAAUAAACAAUUUAUUGUCUUUAUUUUUUUUAUGUAAUGGUUUUAUAACGAUGUGUAAACUUAAAAAGCGUUUGAUACGCGCGACGUUUUGAGUACUCCUGCAUGCGAUGUUCAUGAGCGACUGAAAACAUUAACGGCAAAUUGCAAGAGAGACUACUAAGAAUCAAUAAAAGAAAUAUAAUUCUGUGAAACAUUUACAGAGACAACAAUUUUCAUUCACGAAGACAAUUAAGUAUUAAAGUGUCUCUAAGAAUCCUGAGUCUUUAUGCUUAAAGCUUAAGUUUAUGUUUUAAGCCGGCUUCCCGGUGUUUGUUGUUUUCAAAGAUGAACUGGAGGAGAGAAAAUUAGCUUUCUUUUUACGGCCAAAAUAAAAACGCAACGUUUUUUUCUUUCUAUUUUCGGUGAAAAAAAAUCGACUUAAGACUUUUUAAACUUCUGCAAGCUUAAAUCAGACCUCAUACUAUAGGUCAGAUCAUUUAGGUCAAAUCUUAAUUCAGACAUGCAUAAACUAGCCUCAUAAACUGCGCUCAGCUUCAUGAAAUUAGAUAUAUUAAUAAAACAAACACAAAUACAAUAAUUACUCAGGCUUACCAUUCGAGAUGCAGCUCCUGGAAGCUAUCAAGUAUGGCCAGAAUCGCUUCAAACUUUUCAAUCAAGCAGGGUGAAAAACGAAAACGAAUCGAUGCCAUGGAAAUCGGAUUUCCGACUUUGACAGGCGACGUAUUUGUUAACCAAAAACCUAAUAAACAAACUAGCCAUGAAUAACAGAAGAAUCUUGAUAGCAGCUGAAUUUCAUUUCGUACAUCCGGUAGAAAAAGAGAGUUAAAAACAUCACAAGUUGACACAAAACUCUGUCAGCUUCAGCUGUCAGAGUAAACAAGUUUCAAGAUGCUGCAUAAAUUUUCCGCAUAAACUCACCUGUCAAAUUUUGAUCAAUCAGAGCAUAAAAAUUGGACGUAGAGCGUGACCAACGCGUUCACGGACGACUGAAAACAACAACUGGCAGAACGAUCAUGUAAGAACGAGAUCCUGACAAACAAUCAAGACAAGAAAUUUACAAAACUGUAAUACAAAGAAACAUUUCAAGGUCAACAAUUUUUAUUCCCGAAGACGUGUUUUGAGAGUAAAGUGUCUCUGAAAAUCUUGAGUCACGAAUAGAUUUAAAUUAAGCCUUAAGUUUUAAGCCGCUUCGCCGUUUUUGCUAUUUUGCAAGAUGAACUCCAGGCAAGAAUAUCGCUCAAAGUUUUCUUUUUACAAACAAUAGGAUAACUAAACUAUUUUUCAGAACUUUUUCUUCUAGUCGCGGUCAGAAAAUGUCUACAGACUUUUAAAGUUCAACUUCUUUACUAGGUCAGAUAAAUUGAUUCAAACCUUACAAAUGUGCGUAAAAUGAAGGCAUAAACAUGAAAAAAGAAAACACAUAAAAUGCGAUAAAAUUACUCAAGCUUACCGGUCGAGGUGCAGCACGGAAACCCAUCAAGUAAGGCCAGAAUCGCUUAAGACUUUUCGCAUAGUCCAGCAAGGCGAACUAAGCUUACAAAGAGUAGCUUAUUUUUGAAAACGAUGAUUCCCGAUUUCUUUUUGUCGUGCGGCGCAUUUCUCAACCACAACCCAAUAAACAAGCCAGCCAAGAAUAACAAAAGAAUGUUGAUAGCUGCUGUAUUUCAUUUUGUAGAUCCAGUGCAAAAAGACAUGUAAAAACAUCACAAGAUGACGCAAAACUCUGUCAGCUUCAGCUAUCAGUGAACAAGUCGCACAUGCUGCAUAAAUUUUCCACUUGAAUCCUCUUCGCUAGCGCGCCUGUUAAUUCUUACUCUAUGCUUUUCCCUUCUUUCUCUUUCCCGUCGCUCUUCACUUACAAGCAAAUAGUUUGAAUUCAAUCUGCUAUUGUUUGUUGCCAUAACAAUUUUUUCGAAACAGUUCACUAGAAACUGAGCACUACGGUCACAAAAUCUUUAUGCAAUGAAGUAGUUGAAGUAAACAUGUUUUUGAACGCGACGACAGCCACGCCAAUUCUUGCGCGAUUUCCCGCCAAGAAAACGGUGGGUUGCACAAAUGCUUCGCGCGAUUUAUAACAUACUCCUCCCUCGGACAGGCUGACACCUGAUUCCCUUCCCUCCCCCGCAAAGAGUGUACGGGCGUACGCUACGUCAUAACCAAAUUUUCUCGGAUGGAUUGUUUACCAAAUUUUCUUACCCAUCGUGCUCCGCUGGCGCGCUUCGCGCGCCGGAGCUCCGCUAUAAAAUAAACAUUACCCAUUACAUUUAAUCUUUAGGUGUGCGUGACUGCAGCAGGAAGAAAUGAUCGCUUUAUCAAAGAAUUUGCCACGGUGGACUGGAUGGCCUACCAAGGAGCACCUGAUGGAGGUGUGGCGGAUAAAACGCGCAUUCCAGAAUGGUGGACUGGAUCACAGUGCUCAAAAGUCAGCCUUCCUCAGGCAAUAACACUUUAUUGUUACCUCUCAGCUGCAGCUUGUUUCGUUGCAUAAACCAGAAAGAAUAAUGACCUUUAGUUACGUUUUUCAAUAAGGUGAACAUUUGCUAUGCUGAUGUUGUAAGUACCAAACACUUCAUUGUUAUCCAAUCAAAGAUAUCGUACUUGGACUUGGAGACAUGAGCUGCAAAGAGGCAGCCCAGUUCUGUCCGCGAAAUUCUUUCUGACUCAUAGGCCAUUUUUAAACCUUGUUUUUUAAUCAAAUUUUACACUUUUUGUCAGAAGGGGGAGAUAUUCUUUAAAAAAAGCAUUAUUUAAUACAAAAAAUAGGGGAAAGAAAUUUGUACGGUCUAGGGCUAAAUUUGACAGUCGCGUUCAGACACUUGACCACGAUCCUAUGUCCUAUGAGCGUCCCCAUCAUGUAAAAUUUUUAUUUAUUUCAAAUUUCACACAUACCAUUCUCCCAAUCAUCUUUGCUGUGAAUACUUGAUAACCAGUUAAACUUUCUUACUGUACAUGUUAUGAAUUUUUUUUUUUUAACAGGGAAAAUUUGCGUCUACACCAACGGUCUUGGUUACAGCAGAACAUAUGAGUGCAGACUUUAAGCACGAUGCCGCAAGUUUGUGGGUAGAAAACGCAACCAGUUCGUCCUUUUACAUUUGUCUUCGAGAACUACAGAAUUAUGAUGGUCUACAUGAAGAUAUCUUUGUGGUAUAUAUUUUCUCCUUUAUAAAUAUAUCUGUCUGGAGUUUGCUAAAACGUGGCUAAAGAAAUUUCAAGUGCAUUUUAUCAGUCUGAUAUCUGAGUCAAAUGGAAAGCAGUUAAAAGUUACUAGCUGACAACUUUAUUGCUGGCAACAGACGGUAAAUUUCUCUCUCAGAAGUAACAGGAUUUUGGGAUAAAAUAAACAACAUUUGAAGAGUCCAGAAAUUAUAACCUUUUAGUCAGCCAAACCUUGAGGCUCAUAGUUAAGUGUCUGCCGAAAACAGAUUAAGAAGCCACAAUCUUUGAGCACAGAAUAGGCUUUCUAAGCCAAAAUCAUCUAAACUAACUCUCACAAAGCGGUUUUAUGCUUGGCACAAAGUAAUCUGUUAACGCGAGCUCAACCACAUACCUGAGUUUUGUCUGUCAACACCUUCGGUAAAUCACACAAUAAAAUCACUUUCGAUUCAAUCACAACACUUCCAACCACUCAUAAUAUUCCCACAUUUAACACGCGCGAAUCAUCGUCAAAUUACUUGGAGCAAUAAAAGUCCGGUCUGAAUAGGAUCAAUCAUAAAAUACGUUAAAUGAGAUCUCACAAGUAUUGUGGAUACAACUUACAAAUCGUUUUUCGGGAACAUAGCAUUUUUAUUUCCAAACGGGAUUUACGUAUGAGAUAGCAUAUCCAUUUUUGAUUGCUAUCCCUCUCUUUAGAGUUGGAUGGCCUUUGAAAAAAUUCACAGGCCCCUUUUCGCUGAGAGCAAACACGUGGAUUUUCCAAACAACGAUUCCGUUUCUACAAGCUACAAUGGUGCAUUUUGCAAGGUAAGAAGCACUUUACUUUUAAGCAGAAGAAGGCUCUGUAACUAUUUAGAUGGAACAGCAGAGAGAAACCGCGAUCAACCCCCUCGGGGGGCUACUCCCCUAUAUAGGCUAUAUAAGUAUGUGCCGCUCCAUCGGGUAGGGUUUUUGCGCCGUUUUGGUCUGACCACGGGUAUACACUUUGCCCGUAUUGGUCUGGAAUGAGGCCAUGAAAGGAACUUGUUUUUCGACAGUUCAUCAAAGCCGUCGGAAAAAAAAUCUUCAACAAAGACGUGUUUUGGUACUCAAAUAUUACCUGUUUCUUCGAGUCGGCGCAGAUACAUUCCAGCCACCAAUUAUAUGACCAUGCAUUGAUGAAAAUGGAUGGUGUUUCAAAGUUUAUACCAACAGCCUUCUUUUUGUGUCCUUAGGACGUCCCAUUUGCAAAGAAUUACGACAAAGAACCCAUAGUAUUAAUAGCAGCCGGUCACAACUCAGAAGGCAACAAUUUAAAGCCAAUAUACAUGUCCGUGACCCCAUGGAUUGAGGUAUUCUCAAAUUAUUUAACUAAUAUACAACACACUUUAAUCAAAAUAAGUAACAUCAAGCUGAUAACCCUGUAGCAAAUGCGCAUAUGAGCUAAAUUACACCAAGGUCUGUUCAUGCAGUCUCUUUAUCGGCCAUAGUCGCGCAGCGAAACGACCCAUGUAUUUAUCCAUCUGUUAUUCACGGUCAGUUUCCCAAGUUCUUUUUUUUGUUGUUGUUUAGAUAGGAAUUCAAAAUGACCCAGUUACAGGUGUUUAAGCGAACGUCUCUAAACGUUGAGCUAUUGCUGUUUGUUCUUGUAAUCGAAAUAUAUGACGCUAGAUGAUUUGCUUAUUAUUUUACAGCACAUCAAGACCAGCGAAUUCCGCAUUUGUCUCAAGGAGUUGUUCGCUGACCAGCAUGAUCCUGUGACUGUGUCCUAUACAGUACUGGCAGGUGUGUUAGUAAAUGAUAAAAAAAAAAAUUCCUUUGCAAAGACCUUCUCAUGCCCAGCAAGCUUUGGUAGAUGUCAAGCAAACUUAGAGACUCCUAGUUUCAUAUCUCCUUUAAGUAAUCACCAGUAAAUGUAUUUUCUUAGUUCCUACUUACUACAAGCAUUUGUUUCUAUUUCCAAAAACUUCUCGGUCAGCUAAGGCCUAAGCCAAACGUCGAAGUUUUCAUGGAACGAACCAAACUGUAAUUUGAGUCGACCUAACUUAAGUUAACUUUAUAGGACGCGUGGAACCAAUCAACUGAAUCAGAUCAGUAAUAAAAUUAUUUUCUCCCGAACGAUUUUAAAUACAUUUAUAUCGAACAAUUUUUUUAAAAUUUAUUAGUUUAGUUCCUCACAUGUGAAGAUCGACGUUUGUCCCGGAGACGAUCUUCGGACGCUCUGUCCGUCUGAACGUGUUGGACGAUCCAAACUCAUUCAGACGAACUUAACUGAGCCAGGCGUCGCUAACAACGUUUCAUGAACUUAAUUCACUAAGUUUAGUUCGUCUCAUGAAAAGUUCGACGUUUGGCCUAGGCCUUUUUUUCUCUUUAUUACGCACUAUUUACUUCACACAAAAUGUUUUGUAUAUUGCAGAUGUAUGUAAACCGGGCUGGUCAUAUUUUAAUGGUAUUUGUUACUCGACAAGCCAUUCUUGCAAAAAUUGGACCGAAGCUGAGAAAACCUGCCAAGCAUACAGCGGCAACCUCAUCACUGUGCGAAAUCAAGAAGAAAACGUCUAUAUUCAGCAUCGGCUGAAUGGUGCAAAGGGCUGGAUUGGUCUAAACGAUAGGGUAAUUGAGGGUGCUUUUGACUGGGCAGAUAAUCAAACCAGUAACUUUUCAUAUUGGGCGAAGAACCAACCAAACAACUUCAACAAUGAAGAUUGCGUUCACACUUUGGGAGUCAGACAUAGUUUUAUGUGGAAUGAUGUAAACUGUGGUACUUGCCAUAACUACACCUGUUCAGAAGGUUUGUGGUUGACUUACCUCUUAUAUACCAACAGGCGUUACUAUUACUGGCAGUACAAACUUUUGUGGUAACAAUUACACAAUAAUUUGCGAAAAAAAAAAAACCUGGGUAAAAACGAUUUGAUAAAAGUGUCAUAAAAAAUAAAUAAAUGCUACAGGCUUUAUGGGCCUCUUAAUUACAAAAUAAAAAUGUUUAUAAGUUAAAAACCAUCGUUCAUAUAGCUGUCCAUUUAGUUAUGGGAUACAAAAUUAAGUUCCUGUUAAAAUAGGUGUCCAAAAUUCCUAUAGAUAUCUAAGCGCUCAGCUUGAACAUUCUAGCAAUGUGUAAUGAACUAGACAGGAUUGCCUUUUGCAUUUUGCGCAUAAUUGAUUAACACUUGUCUCCUGCAAGGUCUUUUAUAUUUUGCUCAACCUCUUUCGAAUAGCCCCCAAGGACAUGCAAGAUAAUGUUAUACUGAUUAUACUGAUUUAUUAUUAUUAUUAUUUAUUAUUAUUGAUACUGAUUUAUUAUUAUCAUUCACUAGUUCCUAUUCUGUUCCUAUUAUUCAUUAGUUCCUAUUUAAAAGCAAUUUCCGAAAAGUGAUUAUAAAACUACUUCCUCAUUAAAGGGUUUUCGCUUGACCUCAUUUUGAAAAUGUGGGUUUUCAUAAAUCGAAAAUGGUCUAUAUUAACGUUUCCAGGCAUUAAGAGUUAUUUUUAUCUAUUUCAAUUGUAUUUUCUUCCUUUCUUAUUGCCAGAGAAGAUCCUAAUUGACUUUCACCAAUUUAUUUAUUUAUUUUAUUUUAUUUGCCACACUAAUUACAAAAAAUAUAGGAAAAGAAGAAGAAGAAAAAAAAAAAAAGAAGUGGCGAGGAGACCUAACAGAAACUAUAGGAGCUUAUGAGAGGUUAGGCCUCCUCGAACUAUGAGCUAGAGCUGUUUCACAUCAAUUGAAGAGAAGAAGGCGAAAAGUCGAAGAUGGAAAGAUUUAUAAACUGUUUUCAUACUUACUCAAUAAUUUAAUCUUCAGUUUUUUCUUAAAAGAGGAGAGGGAUUGAGAGUUGAUGAUCUUGUUGUCAAGUGAAUUAAAAAACUUAGGCCCUUGAAAAAAGGGCGAGAACUUCUUCGUGUUUGUACGACAAUACGGUAGACGGUAGGCCUGGGAAUUUCUUGUAUUGUAAGAGUGGAAUUGAUUGCUUUGAGAGAAAUUGUUAUUAAACUUUGGAGGUAAGAAUGAAUUUUGCAAGUAUACAUAAAUUGGCCCAGUUGAAGCAAAUGGAUAUCAUUAAAUUUUAGUAUACCGAGGUCCUUAAAGAUGGGGUCAGUAUGAGCAUUAAAAUGUGAUUUAUUAAUAAUUCUAAUAAUGCGCUUUUUUUGCAGGAUAACAAGGCGGCGGAGAUUAGUUUUAUAGGUCGAAGCCCAAACGAUAUUGCAGUAGUAAAAAUAAGGAUAAAUUAAGGAAUAGUAGAGCAUACGUAAAGACGAUUUAGGAAGAAAGAAGCUGCAUCUAGAUAUUAUACCGAUUGACUUCGCAACUUUACUUGCAACGUGAGAUAUUUCCGACUUCCAAUUUAGGUUUUCAUCCAAAAUUACGCCUAGAAAAUUUGUCUCCUUUACUUUAACAAUAUUUUGAUUAUCUAUACUUAUUUGAAUAUUACAAAUUGAACGCUUUUGUCUUGGUUUGAAGAUCAUAAAUUUAGUCUUUUUAAGAUUUAGAGAAAGCUUGUUUGCUUUAAACCAGAUUGACAGUUUGUCCAUCUCCAAGUUUAACAUAUCUGAGAGAUAGUUCAGAUCUUUAUGUGACAUGAAUACAUUGGUAUUUACACCUCGAUAACCAAUUGCUGAUUUUCAGUGUCACGGUGUUCAAAAUAGAUCAAAAUAAAAAUGAAAACCGUUCAAUAGAUAAAUCUGGGAAAUGAAAGGAGGUAAAUAUGCAAAGACCCUCGCCAAGAUUCAGUUCAUAGGAAUAUUUCGUAUACGAGAUAUCCGAAGAAAUGUUUUACCCAGAUUUAUAGAGAUUCAUAUGGAGACGCCAUGCUGGUGCCCAAACGGAUGGGCACCAACACGGCGGACGGAAACCAACAGAAACAUCUGUUUGCGAGUUUUGCUAUUAAAGCUUGAAUUUAUUCUUCGAGGAACUAAUAAACAUUAAAGUAAUACUUUUUCUAAUACAUGAACUGUUUACAUGACAAAACUCCUUGAAAUAAGUCAUUUUUUUAGCCUAGCUACAUGACAGCUCUCUUGGCCGUCAUGUAAAUGCUGGGUCACGCAAAAGCUUAGGAAUUCAAGGGUACUUUAUCACAAAACCAAGAACCCUUUUGAACCGAAAAUUUGUAUGAAAAUGAGCUUUCAGCUGCUCUAAUACAUCGUGAAAGUAAAAUCUCGGUAGGAUUGACAGUUUUGUAGUUUGUAUUUUAGUGACGUCAUAUGAAAACCAAAAAUAGGCCAUUUACACGAUGACGUCAUUUCUCCACUACCCAGAAUCCUUCAGGGUAUUGCUUUCUUAUGAAAAUUAUGGCUUUUGUUAUUCAAACCUCACCAGGAUUAGCAAAUUUAAAUAUGAAAGAAAAACGAAAUGAAUUCUGAAUUCUGGUCCCAGUAGUAAAAAGGCGUCGUCGUGCAAAUGGCCCAUUUCUCUGGUUUCUUAGCUGACAAAAAGUUUGAGUUUACCUUAAAUCUGUUUGUUGCAGAAAUAGUAUAAAUUACAGGAUUAGUCUACAAAGAAAAAUAGGCACUACUUGUACGAAAAAGAAAAUUAGAAGUCACAAAAAGGAUCCAUAAGCUGGCGCUUUUAGCACUGAAUUUAGCACUGCUUUUUUAAAAAAGUUGAUUGACAAUCGAUCGUUUCAUUAUUUGUUUUGCGGGUUGAUUGACUAAGCGAUUGUUUUAUAUUCGUUUUUAAUUAGAUUUUGAUGAAUGUGGAGGAAACAAUAACCAUUGUCAUCAGAACGCCAUCUGCACAAACACUAUUGGCUCCUAUAGCUGCCGCUGCUCCGUUGGAUAUGCCGGUGAUGGCUUGCUUUGCAGAGGUAUUAUGUUCGAAGCCCCAAGUUGCAGUUUUUCGUUUAAUUCAUGAAGCGAAUUUCUAAGGUAGAAUAAGCAUGCUUUUACCGUAAAAUUGCCUGAAAAUUUCUUUUUCAAAUAGCUCUUUAGAGGGGUUUAAAUACGGAGCAGCGUAUUAUAGUAGAAAAAUAAGCGUUUAAACAUAGGCUGGCACAAAUUAGGAGGGAGAUCUCAGAAACUUUUUUAUUCCAAUUUCAGAGAUUGCAAAAUUUGGACAUUAACCUAAUCUCUAUGAACAACCCUGAGCAAUGAAGUUUAUUAACUAUCCUAAUUUUAUAACUUGUAGAAAUACAGACCAUACUAAAGUUUUAAAUACAGCCCCAAAAGGGAAUUAAAGUACGUACGUGGAUUUCCCUACAAUUUCAAAAUCUAACCUCUCAUAGACUGCGUAGCUUUCCGCUCUGGUUACAACUUUGUCAACAAACCCGAGCGGGGACGCUUGUUAGAUCCAGUUAUGCAAGCUUAAUCUUUCGGGGAUAAUUUUUUUUGCUUCAGAUAUCGACGAAUGUUCUUCAGGUCACCAGUGUGACAGCAGUGCGACAUGUUAUAAUACAGAUGGAUCCUACACCUGCACAUGUAACAGCGGCUUCACGGGGGAUGGACGAACCUGUCGAGGUACGAGUAUUUGAAUAAAUAAUUAAUGCUAUAAACGACAGCUCUGUAAAACUUUUUGAUUAACUAGGUUGGCUGCCGAUAGGUGUCAUCAUACGUAAAAGAAAUCCUCUCAUGCCACACAAAGUGAUUCAAGAUCUUCCUAAUUAUUUCACGCCCUAUUUCAAACAUGUCCAUUCUUCACAUGGUCAUGGUCUGAUUAGAUCCGCCGCCCAUAACAACUCUGUCAAACCACUCUGUCAAAGAAAAUCAGGACUUAAGCCUGGUUUUCAUAUGAUCGUCCGGAUCGUCCGGAUCGUCCCGAUCGCCCCAGUCGUUUCAAAAUAUUUCGAGACGAUCCAGACGACUGGGGCGAUUGGUAGUUCCCAUAUGAUCGUCUCGAUCGCCUCAAAGGCAAGACACGCUUGGUCGUCAGCGAUGUCUGGGUCAGACAAUAGAAUUUUUGCGCGUGUUUUGCAUACAAGCCACAUAAAUGGAUGAUUUUUAUUCGUAAAGCGAACCUCGUACCUUGGUAUCUGCUUUUUCUCUUGAUUUUGCGGCGUUGAGAAGCUAGAAGAGUUCCCCGAAGACAUAGUAUUCUUCGAAAACUUGAUGUCACGGACUUUCUCUAAUUUCAAAUAACCCCCAUACGCGCUGCGAACAUUUGCGUAUUAUUUUUUUGGCUUCAGCGCCAUCCGGGCCGAAUUUAUUCUCGAUUACCGGAGUUAAAAGUGAUGACUUCUGGGACAGCCUUCGGUCGUCCCGAUCGUGUCAGUCGUCUGAGAGCGUUUCCAUAUGAUCGCUUCAAAAUUUACAUGAUCGUCCCGAUCGUCCGGAUAGAACUCAACUCUAUCCGAGCGAUCGAGGUCGUCUCAGUCGUCCGGGUCGUUUGCGAUCGUCUGGGUAGCGUUUCCAUAUGAUCGUCCCGAUCGUCUGAACAUUUUUUGAGACGACUCGGACGAUCGGGACGAUCAUAUGGAAACCAGGCUUUAGGAAGUUUCCCUCAAGUACUUGUCGCCCAUGAAAUAAAUUAAGGCCACCCGUAUAGAGACAUAGUUUCCCACACAAUGUUCAGAAAAGCACAACCGGAUAGGUUUACCAAGUACAACGCCUCGAUAGAACAUUUUACGGUUUUCAGAUCUUGUUACAAGUUUAUAGCAGUUGUAGAAUUUCUUUAUUAGAGAGAUUAAGAUUCCCGUUUACGCCAAUCGGCAGACGUGAAUUUCUACCACGUGACCAAGUAUCCCCCAUAUUUUCAGUUUACUCUUUACUGCUUCUACACAAAAAUAAGUAUUUUUAUGCCAGUUUUAACCAUAGGAAUAGUCCGGAACUGUCUGUCUGCUUAUUUUCUAUUCUGGGAAAUUCUCAACUUUAGCCGUUUGUGGUAAACUUGAAUCAUAAUCUCUCUGUUAUAUUUUUUUUUACUAAUGGCUGUAGUGAAAGGGCCAUUAUAUUUAAUUAUAAGAACUACCCAAUGGUAGUAAUGUUUCCACCCUACGGAUAAAUAAAAUUUCUUGUCUUGUUCUUGUUCCCGUUGUUGUUGUUGUUGUUCUUCCUCUUCUUUUGUGAUGUCGUUCACUUACACAUUGGGGGAUUAGAUGGGGGCGACCCGUGCCCCCUCCUUAUUUUUAGGCCAAACGCUGAAGCCCGUAGGGUUGAGUAAAAUCAUUUUCUCUACCGGACCCUCCACCUACUUGCUAAUCUGAAUCCGUCACUGCGCUACUUACAGUCAUAGAAUUAAAAAGCCAUCUCCUCUCAGUGGUCUACCACAGUACUGUUCUUUUUUAGGCCUUGGAAAGUUCACUCCCAUGACUAUGACGUUCGUGUACAAAAAAGAAGGUCCAGCUUAAAACAAAUAAAAGUUUCAUUUUCUUCCAGAUGUUGAUGAAUGCUCGUUCAACGCCCAUGACUGCGACUCCAAUGCAAUCUGCACUAACACAGAAGGGUCAUUUACUUGCAAGUGCGACGUGAAUGCGCAUUCCAUUGGUGACGGGAAAACAUGCACUCCUCAUCGUAAGCCGAACUAUAUGUUCUACUUCAGUUUGUUCCAUUCGUUUCUCGUUUUUAUAUCGAGUGUGACCACUUUGACAACUGUUCAUUUCUAGUUUAUGGAAAAAGCUUUAUCCGCCAAUAAUUAUGUCGCCAAAUAACAACUCCUGCCUAUUUUUUUUGUCGAAGAAUAUACUAUAAUACUGAAAUUUCAAAUGCGCUUAAAGCGAGAUUUGCUUGUUUAUUUUGUUGGUUGCUUCUGACUUUCUUGGGUUCUUUAAUUUUGAGCGUAUUUCAGGCUGAUUUUUUCACUGAUUUUUCUUUAAGUACGUACAGCUAAACUGGAGUCGUUGCCAGUUUUUGAAAAUAAAGCAACUUUGAAAGUAUGAAUUUCUGACUUACUUUCUUUAUACUAGGUGGCCUCGGUGAUUCCGUUAUUUUAGGGAACGAUGCUAGCAUGAUAUCACAGUUAAACACCUGGCUUCUUCCACACUUGCAAAGUCCUGACAGAAGUUACUGGAAACUGUGUUAUAGAGCUUCCAUUCAUGGUUGGAGAUCACGGACCUUUCACAAUUAUUGCGAUAACAAGGGUCCUACUGUAACCAUUAUUAGGGUCGGGAUCUAUAUUUUUGGAGGCUACAACGACAAUUCUUGGAAAUGUAAGUCUGGAAAUAUGAAAGUAUACUAAGAGGGUUUCUACUGGUUGAAAUUCAAGUCAUCACCCGCCCUCUCCCGGCCCCCUGCCCCCAUCACCCCAGUGUACAAGGGAGGAUGGGUGGGGCCUCUGCAAUUUUCUCCAGUAGUUUAAAACAACUUUUUCAAAACCUCUUACCUCUUUAACGAGUUGCCAUAUCUCUCGCUGGAGAGGAUUGUGAGGUCUACGUCAAAAGACAUCUGCGUAUAGGAGGCUGACUAAAUUCUCGCAACCUGACAAUCUUCUCUCAAGUCGCAACAUCAGUUUUUGUAGCAUUUUUAGGAAAAGUCGUUAACGAGCUGUGACAAGUGUUUAAAGUGGUACAGUAUUCAGGAGUCUUUUAACGUGCAACGUGCCGGAAAAUUCCAGGACUCAGUCGCCUGACCGGAAGAUUUACAUUGCAGGCAGGUGGGGAAGGUGUCUCCAAGGCCAAGGAAAUCGGUGGUUCAGCCGGCCUGCCAGUAUUACGUCACGUCUCGCGUCAGUGACUUUCAAAAUGGCGAGCAAAGUGUUCAUCGAGGGGACGGAUUAAAUUUUUAUUCCGAUUUUUACUGUUUCGAUUUCCUGGAUUUGGAGAUUUUAGAUUGUUAUAGAAAACUAAACUUAAGAACUUUUUUGGAAUGAAACGUCCAGUGGUGUAAUAAAUUUUAGGUUAGUUAAUGUUACAGUUAAUGAGAAGCAAAGGAGUAUAAACAACUGGCUCAUGGCAAACAAAAAAAAUCAAAUUUCUUUAUUUUCACACCCUAUAUCAAAAACGUAUUGAUUACGAUGUAAACAUCAAAACCUCUUGUUACAGCGCAAACUCUCUUGUUUCCUCGGAAAGGAAAGAAUUUUAAGAUACCUUUGUGUCCCUGAUUCAAAGUUAUCUUGGACGCAUCAUAUUACAUAUAUUUCUACCAAAAUCAGCCAAUCAUUAGGCAUCCUUGCAAGACUAAGGUAUUUUGUCCUUUCUUCCACUUUAUUAAACAUAUAUCGUUCUCUUGUAGAACCUUACUUGCCCUAUGGUAUAGAGAAAAUUUUGAUUCUUCAAAAACGGGACUUCGAUUAAUUCAUUUAAAACCGUUUAGGUUCCACGCUGGUUCAAAUUGUCUUAUGUCUUUUCUUUAUUUUAAAACAAUCUGCCUUGUUAUGCACGAUGGUCUCAGUAAUGUAACACCUCCAAACGUUUCCAACUUAUUUACUUAUUCUUCAAAAGUACAUUACAAUGAUACACGAUUUUCUGCGGCUGGCAAUUUUUAUAUUAAGCACUCGAGAAAGAACCAAAUGAAGAACUCCUUUUCAAGAAUUGGUGCAAACAUAUGGAAUAGUCAGGGGCACCCAACGAAAACAUAGUUCAAAACCACUUAACCAUAGCAUUGUUGAACGUAUUUUAGUAUUUAAACGGUAGAUAUAGGCAUAUUUUUAUCCCCUAAAAAUUUUUCAUCUGUUCGGAUUUCCUAGCUGAGAGUCUAGUGAUCCGAAAAUUAUAUGGAUCAAAACUCACCUUUGAGCCAGGGGAAAGGCUCCCGAAAAUUCUAAGUGAGCUUUUUAGAGUAAAAUUCCGUUAAAAGUUGGCAAUUAUACCUGUUUUUAGAUGUUCGAAAAUCCUAGGAGAGGCAGGCAAGAAAGAAAUUUUAAAACAAAUGUUCCGAAAAUUCUAGAUCUCAAAUUGUCUACCGAACAGAUAUUUUCCGAAAAUUGACGUUGGGUCACCCCUGAAUAGUAUUCCCGACAGCGAUCGUGCUCUACCUAAAUAUAAAUUUAAGAAAACCCCACAGAGUCGGCUACUGGAUAUUUUGAUACAAGAAGAUACUUACGUUGGCGCGCGUAAUUAAUUGACGUAUUUGGUAAAUAUUAAAUUUAAUUUUCAGGUUAAUUAUAUUCAUACAGUGUUUCAUCUACCUAUUUUGAAAUAUAUGCAUUCACUGAACAUGUCUAGUUAAUUCAAUAUGUUGAUGUUCGUGUAUCUGUAUCUGUUUAACUUUAUCGUUAGUUUCAACCCUAUUAUUGUAACUUUUUUAUUAUCCUUCCCACCUCGAUUAGCUAUGGCUACUUUGCGGGCAAGGAUCUGAAGGAUCAAUUAUGGCAUGCAUCCAAAGUGUUUUUAAUAAACUUGAACUUGAACUUGAGCCUUGAAUUUUAAAGAUUCCUUGCUAUCGUCGAGCAAAUUUUACGGGCAAUCAUACCGACCGGUCACAGUUUUGGGGGCCAGUGCACAGCAAGAUUGAGGAAAUUACACACAGCAAUAGGAGGCUCAUCAAAGGAUUUAUUAUACUUUACAUUGUGCGCUCACUCAUGAAAUAUUUUUCAACACUCGAAGAGAAAUUUCGUAUCUCCAAAUGGCCAUGUAAUGUUCUAUUUAUUAUAUAAACACCAAUAAAAUGCCAAAAUGCCAAAUCAUUUCACCUAAAUAUUUUUUGCAACGAAAGGCUCGAUUUAUUAUGUGGCCAUACCAACAGUGAUCUUUUCACGUGUAAAGAUAUCAUGUUUUCACGCGAAAGCUCACCUGGUAUUUCAUUGGUGUUUAUAUCAAAACAAGUUUUCUCUGCCAUAGACGCUGUUUGGAGCUGGUGGAGCUGUAUUUGUCAUAAAUACAAAUAUACAUUUGAGGAAAAUUAGCUAAAGCGCGUAUUUCAAAGCUAUUGGGGAAUGGAGGAUCCAACGACGCGGACGACAGCGAGAACGUCAAAAAAACAAUUGGUUUAAUAAGCAAAACAACAACUUCGCACGUGCAUCACACUUUUUUGUACAUUUCUUUCCCGUUUUUGCACGACUACGACGUGAAAAUGCCUAAUUUCGCGUUUUAUAGAGGACGUAAACAAGCAACAACGAAAUUUUUUUCUCUUUCCGAGCUUGAAUAUGUCCCUUGAAAUUCAGCUUCAGGAGGGUUCGCCCAUAUUUGACAAAGUAAGUGGUUAGGAAUAAUCGCUAUAAAGACUGAAAGAACGCAAAUUCACCUUUUAAGCGACGUUCUUGUCGCCGUCGCGUCGUUGGAUCUUAAAGUCCCUAUUUCGCAUUAUUUCGGGUUCAACGGGCCGAUCUAGCUUUACUGAAUUUGGUGGAGAAUUAGGAGAUCAACAGAGGCCUACACUCGAAAGGAUGUAUAUGAAGUUAGGCCGGUUUAAUUAGUAAGAAACAAUAGAUAAAAUAUAAACAUGUGGGAUCUGUGAAUGGAACCUCCGGUUCUGGAGACUAGAUCUUGCCUAUUUUAGAGAAAAAGGUUUGAUGACCUUGACGGUCCCGUGAAACCGGCAACAGGACCCGCAAAACAAAUUAACAAAAUUAUACAUUUACGGACACAAAAUAUCAAAACGGUUUACACAAGCAGAUUAUAGCCACACCAAAGCUCACACCCAUUCGAUCAAAUUAGCGAUACAUCGCGAUAUUUGCUAGCUUCUUAGCUUUUCCUCGACCUCGCUCGUCCUAAUAACUGUGGUAUCCCUUGCUAAUUUGUACAAGCGACCUGAGGCUAUUGCCCGUUACUAUGUGACGUCACCCUGGCAGACGGAGUGGGUCUAGAAACGUACUAGGUGGAAAAACAAGUCGUACAAUUUAACCUGGAGAAUCGUGAGAGCUCGAGUCACUAGACUGGGUUAAUGCUCACAGUGAAGUAAAGGCGAUGGUAAAUUGUAACCCUAAUAAAUAAAUCAGAAUCGGACAAUUAUCCUGUCAGUAGCACAGGCCACUCGGAAUAAAAGUCCGAAGUGAAACCUAUGACCUCCUGGUUAAACCAAGUGGAUAAAACCUUUCUUCAUCUUAUUAAUGGAUUUAUAAGAGUCAGAGAGAGGGUUUGGGAAGUGGGGUGGGGGUGGGUGCGGUUGUGGUGUUUGGGUGGCGGCUUCAUAGAGGGGAUUACGGUCAGGCUUCAGGCACUUUAGAAUUCAGUUUGGCCGUUUUGAAAUCUUUUUCGACUUGGAAUUUAUUAACGUUGAAUGUAUAGGAAGUAACCGGACGAUGGUUGCGUAAAAUUUCUUAUCAACGAAAUCGCUGCAUAAGGCUCAACAUAUGAUUUAGACCAACGGAAUCCCAGAUUACGCACAUUUCGAAAAGCAUGUAAACUCUUUACGAUUCUUGGAUUCUCGUUUGAUUGCUACAAGAAUGGCCUGACUGAAUUAUAUUCGCCGUCGUUUAAUUUGUUAGAAAUAGCCCAAAAUCAUGAAAGAAAAUUGCCUUUUACAUUGACAAUAAUUUCUUAGUCAAAUACAAAUACAUGAAGUCUGCUCUUAGUGAUUUAAUUAAACCACCACCCUGUCACUGUUUGUGUUCUGUUUUUGUCUCUUCAGGGUCUGCUGGUUAUCAAUAUUCGACAAACGCCUUUAUAUACUCACUGAAAAAUUACUACGGUUAUGGAUAUUUUAAAAAGGACAUAAGCCAAGGCGAAUAUAGCUACGCCACAUACAGUCAGUACGACUAUGGUCCAACCUUUGGUAGGAGCUAUGAUUUUACAAUUGCAGACAACGCAGGAUACAAUUAUAAUUCUGACUUUGAUGAUUGCAAGUCUUACCUCAGUCCAUAUUGCGACUAUCGUGUCUGGGCUGGAAUACAAAGGGGAGAUAAUUUUCGCCCAAAUGAACUGGAGGUUUAUUAUGAAGUGCUCGUUUGA